AUUUCUAGUUCAGAAUACAUAUCAAAAUAAAAUAAAGGAGAUUGCUCAAAGUGAAGAAUGUUCUACAAGUGGCACAAGUGAUAUUAACAGGAGCAAGAAAUUAGCAGUCUGGCAAGAGACAGUUGGAGGAAAGAGCAAAGGAAAGGUGUAUAGGAUGACUGAUUUGUCAUCGAAUUUUACACGUGGAGGAGCAACAAUGUUCUACAGUUCUGAAGAGUGUUGUGAUGAUGAACUCAACACUCACGACGUUCAAUUAGAAAAAGAGCUUGAAGAAUUGCGUCAUGCCCAUGAAUCGGAGCAUGUAGCUCAUGAGGAGGAGCGUCAUGCACAAGAAGAAAAAAUUGCACAUAUGCAGUAGUCAAUGGAGCUGAUAGUAUCACGUCUUGCACCUUUUGAGAGUGAAAAAAGUUAAAAUAAAAAGCGUAAUCACGAUUCUGACGAGAGUGCUCAUGACUUUCAAGGCUCGAAACAACGCUCUUCUUUUUAAGGAGCUAACUAUUUAGUGUCACUCUUAAUGAAAUACUUUGACAUUA